CUUCCACGUUGAGUCAUGGAGGAGUCUUCAGUGACAAUUGGCACAAUAGACGUUUCUUAUCUGCCCAAUUCAUCAGAAUACAGCCUUGGCCGAUGUAAACACACGAACGAGGACUGGGUUGACUGUGGCUUCAAACCUACUUUCUUCAGAUCCGCAACGCUGAAAUGGAAAGAGAGCCUCAUGAGCCGGAAGAGGCCUUUCGUGGGAAGGUGCUGCUAUUCAUGCACGCCUCAGAGCUGGGAAAGGUUUUUCAACCCCAGUAUCCCAUCUCUGGGUUUGCGGAAUGUUAUUUAUAUCAAUGAAACUCACACAAGGCACCGAGGAUGGCUGGCAAGACGGCUUUCUUACAUCCUUUUUGUUCAAGAGCGCGAUGUCCACAAGGGCAUGUUUGCCACCAGUAUCACUGACAAUGUACUGAACAGCAGCAGAGUCCAAGAGGCAAUUGCUGAAGUGGCUGCAGAGUUGAACCCGGAUGGAUCUGCCCAGCAGCAGUCCAAAGCCAUCCAGAAAGUGAAAAGGAAAGCCAGGAAGAUCCUUCAGGAAAUGGUUGCUACAGUCUCCCCCGGGAUGAUCAGGCUGACUGGCUGGGUGUUACUAAAGCUCUUCAACAGCUUCUUCUGGAACAUUCAGAUUCACAAGGGUCAACUCGAGAUGGUGAAAGCUGCAACCGAGACGAACCUGCCGCUCUUGUUUCUGCCGGUGCACAGAUCCCACAUCGACUACCUGCUGCUCACCUUCAUCCUCUUCUGCCACAACAUCAAAGCUCCAUACAUCGCCUCGGGCAACAACCUCAACAUCCCCAUCUUCAGUACCUUGAUUCACAAGCUUGGGGGCUUUUUCAUAAGACGGAGGCUUGAUGGAACUGCAGAUGGACGCAAAGACAUUCUGUACAGAGCGCUGCUCCAUGGGCACAUAGUUGAACUCCUCCGACAGCAGCAGUUCCUGGAGAUCUUCCUGGAAGGCACCCGCUCCCGCAGUGGCAAGACCUCGUGUGCCCGGGCCGGGCUCCUGUCAGUGGUAGUGGAUACUCUGUCGUCCAACACCAUCCCUGACAUCCUGGUUAUCCCUGUGGGCAUCUCGUAUGAUCGGAUAAUCGAAGGUCACUACAAUGGUGAACAGUUGGGCAAGCCCAAGAAGAAUGAAAGUCUCUGGAGUGUGGCAAGAGGCGUUAUCAGAAUGCUGCGGAAAAACUACGGCUAUGUCCGAGUGGACUUUGCACAGCCAUUUUCUUUGAAGGAAUAUUUAGAAGGCCAAAGUCAGAAACCUGUAUCUGCUCCCCUUUCUCUGGAGCAAGCACUGUUACCAGCAAUCCUUCCUUCAAGACCUGAUGCUGCUGCUGCCGAACAUGAAGACAUGUCCAGUAAUGAGUCGAGAAAUGCGGCAGACGAAGCCUUCCGAAGGAGGCUGAUCACAAACCUGGCCGAGCACAUUCUCUUCACCGCCAGCAAGUCCUGCGCUAUCAUGUCCACCCACAUCGUGGCCUGCCUGCUCCUCUACAGACACAGGCAGGGAAUCCACCUCUCCACGCUGGUGGAAGACUUCUUUGUGAUGAAGGAGGAAGUCCUAGCUCGGGAUUUCGACCUGGGCUUCUCCGGGAAUUCGGAAGACGUAGUCAUGCAUGCUAUUCAGCUUCUGGGGAACUGUGUCACAAUCACCCACACUAGCAGGAAGGAUGAAUUCUUUAUUACUCCCAGCACAACUGUCCCGUCCGUCUUUGAACUCAACUUCUACAGCAAUGGGGUACUUCAUGUCUUUAUCAUGGAAGCCAUCAUAGCUUGCAGCAUUUAUGCAGUCCAGAAUAAGAGGGGUUCCGGAGGGUCUGCCGGAGGCCUCGGCAACCUGAUCAGCCAGGAGCAGCUGGUGCGGAAGGCCGCCAGUCUGUGCUACCUUCUCUCUAAUGAAGGUACCAUUUCUCUGCCCUGCCAGACAUUUUACCAGGUUUGUCACGAGACAGUAGGAAAGUUCAUCCAGUACGGCAUUCUCACAGUGGCAGAGCAAGAUGACCAGGAAGAUGUCAGUCCUGGCCUUGCAGAGCAGCAGUGGAACAAGAAGCUUCCGGAGCCUCUGAACUGGAGAAGUGACGAGGAAGAUGAGGACAGUGACUUUGGUGAGGAGCAGCGAGACUGCUACCUGAAGGUGAGCCAGGCCAAGGAGCACCAGCAAUUCAUCACCUUUCUGCAGAGGCUUCUGGGGCCCCUGCUAGAAGCCUACAGCUCUGCCGCCAUCUUUGUCCACAACUUCCGCGGUGCAGUCCCGGAGUCUGAGUACCUGCAGAAGCUGCACAGGUACCUUCUCACCAGGACGGAGAGGAACGUCGCGGUGUACGCUGAGAGUGCCACAUACUGUCUUGUGAAGAACGCUGUGAAAAUGUUUAAGGACAUCGGGUUGUGGCUGUGGAAGAAGUUUCAAGACUAG